CUAGUAGCAGACCUUCCUUUUCUUAACUUGUGUAAACCGUCUCUGUCACAUUGUGUCGUAGCCAGUGGUGCAUUGAAGUUAUUGUUUUCAAGAGUGAAGAGGGAUCCUUAAUUACACUGGGGAACAAACAGUUUUCAAGGGAGACGCACAAAAGCGGACCCAUUAUUCAUAAUCCAAACGAGUCGUGUUUUAGUUCACGGAGGAAUMAAGAAACGAGAAAAGCAAUGGCUUUGAGUAAAGCUUCUGUAAGUGACCUGGAACACAUUGGAAUACGUCCUGAAAUAGCUGAAAAACUAGUAGAAGGCAAAGAGAAAGGAAGAUUAAAAAGCCUCAGCGACGUUGUGGCUACUUUGGAGAAGUCUGGAGCUCAUUGUCAGGUCAAGUUUGAAGAUAAUUUUAAAGUAGCGCUURACGAGAAGGGGGAGGUCGAGCUUCAUGUUUGCAAGGACCCUGAACGAGAACAGAAAAAGGCGAAGGAAGAAAAAUGGACUAGGCAAUGGAGUCAGGAGAAAGACGAAGGGUUGACGUCUSAUGRGAACAAACCGACUGCUGCAAAGAGGAAAGGUCUACAGACAAAAGCACAUGGAAUGAAGAGAAGAAAAGCCCUAGGAGAUGAAGACUGGAAUCCUGUUGAAGAAGAAUUWAGUGAGGAAGAAWGUGAAGAAAGCGAAGGGAAAACGAACGUAAACACUGCAAGUGAAGAAGAACUAGAAGAACUUAAAGGAAUAGGUCCUUCUCUCGCUCGAAAAAUUGUAAAAUACCGCGAAGAAAAUGGCGAUUUUCGUCGAGUUGAAGAACUAGCAGCUGUCRGAGGAAUAAGCAAAAGGCUAGUCAAGGAACUUGAGGAAGUGCUAACAGUUGGAGAAAUACCAGAAGAAGAAAGAGGUUUUYAUUCCAAGCUUAACCCUGUACCUAUUGAUGGAUGCCUUAAGUAUAAAGGUCGGGAGGUGAUACGCGUCAUGUCUUGGAAUCUUCAAUGCUUCAGUGAUGAGAAGGCUGCAAAUAGAGGUGUCUUGGAAGUCAUUUGCAGAACGAUAUUAGAAAAUGGAAUAAGUGUUGCUGUAUUUCAAGAAAUUGGAGAUGAGAAAGCAUUACACUUGAUUCAAGAUGAGCUCAACCGUCCAACCCUGAAAAAGAUAAAACAAUUAAAGAGACCCAAGAGUUAUUGGGAGUGUGUGACCUCUGACGUAGCUGGUCCAAUGUAUAGGUCUAAAGAGUUCAAUGGCUUCUUAUUUGACUCAAGUCGUAACAUUGAGCUGAAGAGUCAUGAUCUUCUUGAGAAACCUUUACAAGGCAAGAAACAAUUUGCAAGAAGACCAUUCAUUGGCUUCUUCAAGGCCAAAAGAUUUGACUUUGUUGUGGUCAGUGUUCAUCUCAAAGCAACAGGACUCGAUAAUGAAGAUCUCAGCCGAUUACAGGAAGAAUUGGYUCGCAUUCCAGACAUAGUGACAGCAGUCCAGGAACARAUUCCAGGGGAGAGGGACUUGGCCAUUGUUGGUGACUUUAAUCUGGAACCUGAUGAGAAAGACUUUGAUUCAUUCCGCAAGGCAGGUCUGAAUAGCCUGAUUCCCCAUACAUCAUUCACCAACAUCAGCACUCGUAAUAUGGAUGGUUCUAAGUGCUAUGAUAAUAUAUGGAUCAGCAAUCAGAUUGUGGGUCAUUACUCUACUGGACGUGCAGGUGUUUUUCGUGACGGCAUGUCACACCCAUUUAUUCCUGAUGGAUGGAGGAUGAAUGGAGUGGUAUCAGACCACUGUCCCGUGUGGGCAGAGUUUUACUGUGAUCGUGAUGUGGAUAAGAGUGCUGAUGAUGCAGAUGUCAUAGACAUCAUCAUCAACACCAAGUCAGAAAUCUAGAUGGGAAGGGAUUGAAACAUGGCCGCCCAAUGAUAGCCAUGGUACAUGCACCAUCACGUGAUGGCAGUCAUGAAAGGAGGCACGACAAUAGUCAUUUCCUCUGGGAAACUGAAUUCUUUCUCAUGUAAAUCGUAUUAGACCAGAUUAAAUUCAGUGGUUGCUGGAUCCUGUCAUGGCUGCCAUCAUAUGAUGGUUCAAGCCAUCUAUACAGCUAUUUCAAAAAAACGUCGGUUAAGGUCUUGUUGAUGUUGCAUACCAAGCCUGAAAUGCACUAUGGGUAAUUUGAAUGCAACCAGUAAAAGGACGCAACGAUAUGAAAACAUUUUCAGGACUUUUUCUGCACCUUUUCCCGGCAUAUUUUCUUCUGUGCUGGCAAUAUUUACAUAUGAAUAUCAUACAUUGUAAUCUUGGUAUGGAACAUGUAACAAAGCGUUCACCAACCUUUUUGAAAUAGCUCUAAAACACCAUUGAUACAUCUUAGUUUUUAACUUAAUAUUUUUCUAUCAUAAACACACCAAACUAUCGUACCACAUUCUAAAAAGCGCCUUCAAAAGGCUUCAUUCACUCCAAUCUUUCAAGUCUCGUAAGGAGUAACAUAACGGUUGUCUCAACCAAUAAUGUCAGUAAUCCAAAUAUUUGUUUUUACAUUUUAGGAAUAUUUUUAUACUUUUACAACGGGCAAUUUGUUAUUCAAUUUUCAUAAAUUAUAAACAAAUAUUUUACAAUUUUAGUUUCAAUAUUUAAGCUAACGUAUUAAAAAUCAUGUACUCUUGA